AUGUCGAAGAUUUUAGAAGCGCCGUUGUCCCUAAAGGCAGAUGUUUGGACACAUUUUGGUUUUAAAGCAAAGGAAGGAAACCAAGGGAUCGAUAAAACAAAUGCAAUCUGCAAGCAUUGCCAGGCUUCUAUACGCUACACCGGUAAUACAACUAACCUGCGCUCCCACCUGCAAAGACACCAUGCAGACAAGCUAGCUUCGCCGCAGCCCAAAAAAACACGGGACCCCACGCAAACUACUUUGGACAACACAACAUCCAAGCUUCCAUCUAACUCAGUCCAUGCACAGAAGAUUACGGAGUCUGUGGUGCAUUAUAUUUGCAAAGGUUUAUGUCCCUACAGUGUCGUCGAGAACACAGGCUUGAUCAACACGUUAGAUCCCCGUUACGUGAUCCCUACCCGCAGCUACAUGACCGACAAAGCAGUACCGAGAAUAUAUGACAAAGUCAAAGACGAUGUUAAGUCAGCCCUGAGUUCUGCCCCACGAGUGGCACUGACUUGUGACGGGUGGACAUCGCGAGCCACGGAAGCUUUUGUUACAAUCACUUGCCAUUACGUUGACGAGGAGUGGGAACUGAUGUCGCACGUGUUACAAACGCGAGCCAUGCACAAGAGCCAUACGGGGUCAAACAUUGCAGAGUUACUGAAAGCGGCGCUGGAGGAGUGGGACCUCGUAUCCAAAGACCCAGCUAUUGUGACUGACAACGCCGCAAAUAUGAGCGUCGCAGCGGAGCUUGCCGGUAUGUUGCAUUUCAGGUGCUUCGCUCACACUUUAAACCUGGCCUCGCAGCGUGCACUGAAGCUUCCUGCUGUCGCUCGUUUAUUGGGACAUGUUAGACGGAUAUCCACCUUUUUAAAGCGCAGUAUCACAGCCAGCCACGUACUUCGACAGAAGCAGAAGUUGCUCGAGUUGCCUGAACAUAAACUGAUCACUGAUGUUGUGACGCGCUGGAAUAGCGCGCAUGAUAUGCUUGAGCGCUUUCUUGAGCAGCAACCCGCUGUCUCCGCUGCUCUUCUGUCCAACGAGCUUAGGAAAACCGAGAAAGAAGUUUGCACCCUAUGUGAGUCGGACAUUACAUCUGCGGAGGAGAUGGUGGAUGCAAUGAAGCCCAUGAAGAUUGCUACUCUUGUAAUGUCAAAAGAAAGCUCUCCAACACUGUCAGUUGUGGCCCCUCUUCAUGCUCAGCUCAUCCAGGAUUUCCAAGAGAGCAGAGCAGAUAGUGAGAUAGUGAAAGAAAUCAAAGCGGCUAUUUGCCAAGAUUUGAGCAAGAGGUACAUGGAUCAGCAGAAAGAGACCAUGUAUGUAUGUUCAGCACUCGAUCCAGGAUUCAAAGCUUUGCCCUUCCUUCCUGAUGAUGAACGAGAGGAAAUAUACUUGAGAAUCACUGCAGAAGCUCGAAGAAUUCAAGAACUAUUUCAGGAAGAGGCUAAAGUGAUACCAGGACAGGAGGACAAUCAUGUGGAAGACAAGGAUGACAUUCCUGCCAGCCCACCACCCAAGAAGAAAAAGGACUUGUGCUGUUUGGCUGAUCUGCUUGGUUCAACUUACAGUGCAGGUCCUGCGGUGAGACACAGAACCACACAGGCCCAGGCAGAAGAGGAGAUGUCAAGGUACAAGGAGGCACCACCCCUGUCUCUUGCUGAGGGAAGUCCACUCAGUUGGUGGAAAGAGCACCAGAAUGAAUAUCCACUAAUGUCACGCCUUGCCAAAGUGUACCUGUGCAUUCCAGGGACUAGUGUCUCCUCGGAGCGCGUUUUCUCUACGGCAGGCGAUAUCGUAACAGCACAGAGAAGUGUACUAAGCUCAAAGCAUGUUGACCAACUUCUGUUUUUGAACAAAAAUCUUAAGUCAUAG